UUUCAUGUUCUAUGGGCUGGAAGCCCCUUUCAGAGGGUCUUCAAAUCUAAAAAGGAAAUGAUGAUUGUAGAACAUGAAUGAUUAAGUUUGUUCAACUUGAGCAUAGGCGUUGUGAGAGUUCUAGCUAAUGAAUAGCCUAACUUAGCAGGCGUAAAGUAAACAAACAAUCUUAAUCAUAUGUAGAUGGUCGUCCGCGCCAGGGUAUCAAAUCAGCUAGCCUGGCUCUUUGUGUGCGCAUGUUUUGUUUGUGUUGAACAAGGACAGUUCUCGUGGCUUGUUAGAUGAUUUGCAAUGUGUUAAUGUCAGUAAGAUUGCAUAGUGCAUACGGUGCUUAUUUUUAUGAAAGGUUAGGGAAAGUGGCCUGUAGACGUUGCAAAGUGACAAAUACAUAAGGAGUUUGAAGAGGAGAUGGGAAAUUGUCUAAAAUCUCCAACCUCGGAUGACAUUUCCUUGCUUCAUGAAUCACAAUCGGAUAGAGCUAGUUAUGGUGACGGGGCAGAUACAGACCAGGAACCACCGCCACCAUACCAGCAGGAGCUGCCAGUGUACCACCCCACGCCCAGUCAGGCCCGCAUGGCCAGCCAGCUGACUGAGGAGGAGCAGGUCCGCAUUGCUCAGCGCAUUGGCCUCAUCCACCACCUCCCCAAGGGAGUGUACGAUGCUGGCAGGGACGGCUCCGAAAAGAAAAUUAGAGAGUGUGUGAUUUGCAUGACGGACUUUGUGUAUGGGGAUCCCAUUCGAUUCCUGCCAUGCAUGCACAUCUACCACAUGGACUGUAUAGAUGACUGGCUGAUGCGCUCCUUCACCUGCCCCUCCUGCAUGGAGCCAGUGGAUGCUGCGCUGCUCUCCUCCUACGAGACCAACUGAGACACAACACCACCCCCCUCACCACCACCCCUGCUCGCUGUUCUGACUCACUCCCUUACUCCACCCAUGCUUCCAUCUCCAGCACCCCCACAACCAGCAGACAGCACUUCCAACAGCCUGGAGAACCAGGGUCUCUGGGGGCAGGUGAGGGCUGUGUGGUGGUGAUGAAGGGUGCUGUAGAGGGUUGAUGGAGGCCAUGGAUGGAGAGGGGUCCUUUGCUCUGAGCUGGCCAGGUCUGCUGGACAGGAAAGCCCCGACUGGGGAAGGACGUUGGAUUCUGGUGAUCAAGAUAAGACCGUCUCGUGUCACCAUCCAUCCACACCCAGAAUUCCCCUCUCUCUCACUACCACCCUGUUGUAGUAAAUGCCCUAGAAGGGAGGGGAAGGAAAGCAACAGCUCAACUCUCUCUAGAAAUACUGAUAUCUGCAAAUAUUUUCUCUCCUCGUUGUUUUCAACUCAACAUCUGUUCCAGAAGUCGUCUUAAGGGCUCAGUGGAUUACAUUUACUAACACAGAUAAGCAAACGAUUAAUGCACAUGUACACAAGUCAGAAGAACUUGCACUUCUAUUCUCGUCUCAGUGGAAGAGUUCAGCAUAUGCUUACAGAUGUUUGAAAAUUAUUUCAGAUUUUCCCCAUUAUUUAGUAUCUGCAACAUGAAAUUAUUUUUUUUCAAGCCAUUGUAAUUGUUUCAGCCCAAUGGUAAGGUCUGUUUUCCUGAAGUUGACAUUUUAUCCUUAAUUGGUGAGUUUCUUAGACUAAUGAUGGAUCAGUAAAAAAGUGUUUCUUUUGGAUGAAGAGGUUUGAGGUCUGCACUCGAUUAUUACAAAGGAUUAGGCCUGUUAGGGUUUGGUCAAAAGGUGUUAUCAAUCAUAAUGCUCUGUCUUUUUCCCUCAGACUGACCAUCAGAUGCAGUCCAUCAGUCCAAUAAAAAAUUCAAUAAAGAAAAAAAAGCUGUGCCUCACAAGUAAUACAACAAAUGAUCUAUUACCACUGCGAUCAUAUACCAACAUGUUUAAAAAAUAUAUUAUUUCUAAAUGGUCUGAGAAGAACAACAUUGGCAAUUUAAGCAUAGCCAAUAUGCAGUGGUAAUAUAUUGGGCCUAU